ACUCAUUCAUACAGACACCAGCAUGAAGGAUCCUCAGCUACCAGGUACCAAAACACUAAAUGGCUGGACAAAACGACAAGGAACGAAAAAAGAAAAGAAUGAGCCAGCGCUCCAACCUGCCCAGACAGAACAACAAACACGGAAAGUGCCAGCAUUAACACCUGAACAAUGGGCGAAGCAGACUGCCUUUGAGAGGGUAGUCUAUGACAUGUCCCACAAUGACAACGUCAUUAAUGACAUAAUGCUGGGUCGCAGGAUUGCAUUCUAUGAACUCAGAGGAGAAAUAGGGACUGGAAAUUUCUCCCAGGUUAAACUUGCUGUUCACGCAUUGACUAAAGAGCGUGUUGCUGUUAAGAUACUUAAUAAAAUGCGUCUCGACAAGAAGUCACAGACUUUAUUUGCCUCAGAGAUCGCCUGUAUGGAAAGACUCUCCCAUCCAAACAUUGUACGUCUGUAUGAGGUGCUUGAGACCAGUAAGCAUUUGUACCUUGCUAUGGAGUAUGGCAGUGGAGGAGAUCUGUUCUCACACAUCACUACCAGAGGGCGCCUGUCAGACCAGGAAAGCAAGCUCAUCUUUGCCCAAAUUAUCUCAGCUGUCAAACACAUGCAUGAAAACAACAUCGUCCAUCGUGACUUGAAAGCAGAAAACAUAUUUUACACCACAUGCUACUGUAUCAAAGUGGGCGAUUUUGGUUUCAGCACUGUUAGUGAAUCAACCGAAACUCUGACAACGUUUUGUGGCUCCCCGCCGUAUGCAGCACCUGAGCUUUUCAGAGAGAAAAGCUACGUGGGACAUUAUGUGGACAUCUGGGCGCUGGGGGUCUUACUAUACUUCAUGGUGACUGCCACCAUGCCUUUCCAUGCCAACAACCUUGGGCGACUGAAACGCUGCAUCCUGCAAGGAGCGUACAGUAUCCCGACCUACGUCCCUGACCCCUGCCAACUGGCCAUCAAAGGCAUGCUACGACCUGUACCUGUGGACCGCACCACAGUGUUGCAACUGAUGGUCUGCUCUUGGCAAAGGGGCAUUGAGUACCCCAAACCAUACCCUGCUCUCAACGCAAUGCCCAAUCAUCUUGCUGACCCUGUGAGGAGCCUGUGUUUGGAGGAACAGGAGGUAAAAUCAGCACUGGGUGAUCUUGGAAUCAGUGCCAAACAUCUGCAGAACAAUACCUGCACAGACUUGCGCAGCCCUAUUACAGGAACUUAUCGUAUUCUGCUGCACCGUAUACAGAAGAGGAGAUCCGUGGAGGCGGUUGGAUAUUCUGCCCUCUACCCGGAGGAUUUUGAUAGCAAGAAAUACUGUGCCAGCAAUGCAAUGGCCAAACAUAACCCAUCUGCAGUCUGCAAUGUGCUAUAAAGACUAGUGCAGGGGUUUCCAAACUUAUUAAGUCAAGCCCCCCUUUACUAAUCAAAAAUGUAUAUCAUAUUAAUAUUAUUAUUAUUAUUAAUAAUAAUAAUAAUAAUAAUAGCAAUUUUUUAAUAGACUUCUCCUCUACCCUCUUCGCUGCAAAUUGUAGCACGAUUACGUAGUGGAUCUAAUCCCACCAUUUCAAAUGGAUCAAUACACAUGGGUUUUAGUGACGUAAUGGAUGUUUUAAGGCACAUGUGUAUUCACAUUUGAAUGUUUUGUUUUAUUACUGUAGCGUACUUAAUGAUUAUUAAUACAUUAUAUAUUCAUAUAACACACAAACACACACAUUUAUAUAUUAGGGCAGCACAAUUAAUUAAAAGAAUAUCGCGGUAUGACAUUGUGCGAUUAUUUAAUCGCAAAGGGCUACGACGAUUGAAUUAAAUUAAUAGAUAAAUCAAGCUGUUCGGUUCAAAGUCUAUGUUUGCUGCUCUGUCCUGUCUGUAUUGUGUAUAAGCAUUAUUAUAGUAUAUUCAAGUGCUCAGAGUAACAGAUGUGUUCAAUUCGGUUAUGUGUGCUGAGCACAUCAUUUUUAAAGCACUCCAGAUUCACUUUAUUGAACAUGACCACUACAUGUUAACAUACAAAUACAAAUAAUUCACCCCAUGGCAUUUAUGUACAGCAGAGGAGAUGUUGAAAUGAGGAGCACAUUAUCGUAAGGAGUAUAUUGCUUAAUUUAGAUAUUUGUUUACUGUAGGUGAAGAUGAAAAACAAGGAAAAGUCCUUUAUUAAAUCCAUGGUUAUGACCAUUUUUAAAAGCCAAGCUAUAUUACACAAAUCUCUCAUUGUAUAACUUUUAUACUAAGUAAUAAAGUACUCAGUGUAAUGCAAAAAGAAAAAAAAAACAUCCACUAUGUCACCAAAAUCCACUAUGCAGAGGAUCAGAUCUACUACAUCAUCAUUAUGCUACAGUCUGUUGCAAGGACCCUCUCCUCCAAUCCCACCCCCCUCGCCUCCCCUGCAGUGCGUGCCUCACACUUUGGGAACCACUGGACUAGUGCAAUCUAUCGAUGGUUAAUAUGUGGCCCAUUCCAUAGGUUAUUAUUACCUAUAAUGCUGUUUCAAGAAGUAAUGAAUUUACUUUAAUGAAACUGUGCUAUUUGCUGACAGAUGAAGUUGUAUUGCAUGGAUUUUUAUUCUGUUUACAAAGCACAUAAAUUAGUGGACACAAUUUAUAUUAAACUUACAAAUUCAUUUAAAUGACAGCUCACCAACUGAGAACAUUUGUACAUACAGUGGGGUUCCAAAAGUCUGAGACCUCUAGUGAAUUUUAGACCACUAUUUUGCAUUAUUUUCUUAUUUUAGUGUGAAGUGUGUAAUUCUUCAAACUUGGUUAAGGCUUUUUUCUCUCCCAAAAUCCCUUACACUAACAAAACCCCUCACACUAACUCCUCCUAGAGCUUUCAGGUUAUAUCCACCAAACUUGGCACAGACAUUCAGACCAUUUUGGUAUAUUGUGCUUUUCUAAUUGGUCAGACUUACUGUAAAAUUUUACACAUUGGACGUUCAAAAAUUUGAAAGAUUCCAUUGACUCAUUGACGGAAUGUUUAAACCGGCCAAUAGAAUGCUCGUUAAUUUAAAAUUCAACUUUACAUUUUAAAAUGUAAACAAACCCACAAAAUGCCUCUUCUCUGCAGUCUCUCUCUCUCUCUAUCUAUCUAUAUAUCUAUCUAUGUGACAGUAUAUCUGACCCUCUAGCAAGCUGAUGGUUUGUCUUACUGUAAUGUCUGUAUAACCAUCAAAUAUUAAACUUUCCAUAUUUAGUUUCAAUGUUAAAACGGCUUUCUCCUUUCCCUUUUUAAUACACAGAGAUCACAAUACCUUUUCAAUAACAUUUCUUUGUUUUCAAAAUCCUAAAACAUAAAAUUUUUAUUAUUAUUUAUUUAAAAAUGCAUCAUUGGUCCCCAUUGUAUUUGUACAUUGGCUUUAUGUAACAUGUAACCUGUAUUAUACACUUACCUACCAUGCAUGAUUGGUUUUGGUGCAUAGAAAUCACAGUUUGAUUCUAACAGAGAGUGUUUCUGUUUGUACCGAAACAUUAUUUUGCAGUCGAUCUUAAAAGGUCAUUCACUUUUGCCAAUGAAUAUUGAAUUGUGGCCAAUAAUUAAUGGUUAGGCAAACAUCUGAUACAUUUUUGUAUCACUGAUUUGUUGAAUGUUUGAAAAUGUUGUUUGUUUAUUAAUUCUUGGUUUAGUCUGAGCAACAGUUUUGUGUUGGGCUGAGUGUCAAAAGCAUAGUGAUAUUUAUCAUGUAUUAAUAAACAGGCUUUGCAUGCUGCAUUUCAAAGGCCCUAAAGAUUGAUGCUUAUCUCGCUGCAUGUCCUUCAUUUGAAUCUCUUUGAGUUGAUUCAUUAUUUGAUGGACAGAGCUGCCAUCUGUCUCCAUUAAAUUACUUAGUGAUUAUUCUCUAAUCUUGGACAGAGAGUUUACAUUGAAUGUAUGACGCAAAGGAUUAAUGGCUGAUUAGCUGUUAAUCCUAAUUAGUGCAGAGCUUUAAAAAAAGCUUGUGGUAUCAGUGAUUACUUCGCAUUUUAUGAAAUGAAUCAUCUUAAUUUUCCUUGACCUCUAAAACAAACCUUAACAUGUUGAUAUCAGGAAUGGAAAAGAGCUGCUAAGACACUUGUGUUUUUACAGGCAUAAUAGUGGUAAGUAGUAGACACAUAUUCCACUUUAUUUUACAGUGACCUUGUUACAGUGUAAUUACACAAAUAAUUACUGAUUAACAACAUGUUCUUACUAUUGUUUUAGAGUAAGGGUUUGGUUUAGGGUUAGUUGCUUGUAAUUAUGCAUAAUUGACUAUUAGUUCUAUAGUCAAUAUGUAAGAUGUGUAAUAAGGAACCUGUAAAAUAAAGUGUUACCCAUUUGCCUUUAACCUUAAAAAAAUCUGUGAUACAUUUCUUAUCGUUUAAACUUUCUCUUAGAAAUUACAUGUCAUAGAAGAUGUCAAAUUACUGUUAUCCUCUAAAUAUUACUGCAUUAUAUGGCACAUUAGAUAUAUUUAAUGAUUAACAUCAAAGCAGCGCCACAGAUUUAUUGUUGAAGCUCAUGAACAUCUGUACAUUUGUACAUCAUGUGCAAUAAAUUGUG